ACUUGACGCACGUGACUCCCAUGCAAGUGACGUCACAAAGUUCGGAUUGUGGCUCCAGGCUUCAUUAUGCGGUAUAGUUCCUUAUGACGAGGUGUAGCAAGGAACAAGGUAGUGUGGGGAAACUCCACCCGGCGCGCCCCGGCAAAGUGUUGAGACGCCCGUUUGUUGUGGCAAGUGGCGCGCGACUGGCGCUAUCCGUAUCGAUCGUCUACUUCCCCCUUGGGCUUUCAAUGGGAAUGGAGUGCUCUCAGACCGUCGCGCCACGGACUCUAUGAGCUGAGGAAGUACUGCUUUGUGUGGACGUCAGACCAAGAAUUGCUCGGGGACAAA